AUGGAAACUAGUUCAGAUCCAACCUAUUUAUUACCGGAUUAUUCAAAAUUGUCGGAUAGUCAGUUUACACAAGUAUUAUUAACAUCAGCACCAACUAUUAUGAAUAAAGAUAAACUUAUUGAAUUAUUGAAUCAGAAACACAUAUUCGUAUUUAUUCGUCAACUCACACAACUCAUCAAUAAAUUAAAUUGUUCUAAAUUACAACAUGAACAAUGGUCUUACUAUUCUAAUCUUGGCUUGACUGAAGGUAUUUGGAACGGCCGAGUAUCGAAAACAAAUGGCUGA